CGUAACCAACAUCUUACACCUCCUCCGUACUAAAGCUUAGUACAUCUCCUCGAUACAUAUACAAAUAAUUUAAUACCAUACCAUAUUCACUCCUCUCACCAGUACCAUCAACCCCAUACCCCAGUUUCAGAAACAUUCAAUUCCAAAUUUCCAAGACCAUUUACAUAUGACAAGUUACAUUGCUGCUUUCUGAGAUAUUUCUUGAACUUUUCACUUUCACAUGUUCCUUUUUUUUAUUUUUUGUUUAAGCCCUGUAAUCAAAUCUUGUUUCUUUUGUCUCUCUUCUUGUUUCUUUCUUCUACCUAACACUAACACCCUUUUAACUGAAACUCACAUUCUCCUGCCCCUUCAUUUUAGGCGGAUAAACCGGUGUAAUUUCACAGAUCCAAGAAUAAAAAUUCUUAGGGUGUUGGCUGAUUUGAGCUAAAAAAACUCAACUGGGAAAUGGUAAUUGGUGUAGCUAAUUGAAACCUCAUUGCUUUAGUGUUUUGCUGUGGCAAUAUGGAUGGUUAAAGCAAAUCAAGAGUUAAGAUGGAGGAGAGUUUUGAGUUUCGUCGGUGGGAUGAAUUGAUUCCUGAUGCACUUGGGCUAAUAUUUAGAAACCUUUCACUUCAAGAGGUAUUAACUAUAGUCCCAAGGGUGUGCAAGUCAUGGGGAAAAGCAGCAAGGGGUCCUUAUUGUUUGCAAGAAAUUGACAUUGAGGAAUGGAGCAAAAAUCGCUGCCCUGAUAACCUUGAUCGGAUGCUUCAAUUGCUUAUUACAAGAAGCUGUGGUUCUUUGCGUAAACUCUGUGUUUUCGGUCUCUCCCGCGAAUCAAGCUUCUCAUUCAUUGCAAACAAUGCCAAAUCUCUGCAGAUGUUGCGGUUGCCAAAAAGUGAAAUAGGCGAUUCCGUUGUGGAACAACUUGCGGGAAUGUUCUUGAACAUUACAUUUUUGGAUGUAAGCUACUGCAUAAAAAUAGGAGCCGGAGCCCUUGAAGCUGUAGGAAAGCACUGCAAAUGUCUCACUGGUUUGCGUCGAACAAUGCAUCCCCUUGAGGUUAUUGGCAAGCUAUCCCAAGACGAUGAAGCCAUGGCAAUAGCCAGUACAAUGCCAAAUCUCAAGCAACUCGAGAUUGCCUACAUGCUGGUUGGUACAACAAGCAUAAUUGAGGUCCUUAAAAACUGCAGACAUCUUGAGCUACUGGAUGUAAGAGGUUGUUGGAAUGUGAACCUCGAUGAUCAUUUCGUAAAGAAAUUCCAUCAGCUAAAGGUGGUUGGUCCAAUUGUCGUAGAUUGCUAUGAUAGGAAUGGCUGGGACAAUUGCUCUGACUAUUCAAGUUCUUCUGGCUAUGUACGGUGGGAUUUUGUGGCUGGUGAAGUGGACGAUGACGACUUUGAUGAAAUGUCCGAUGUGUAUUGGGAGGAUGAUCAAGAUAUUGAGGAUGUCGAAAUGUGGUUUUAUGAUGACUUAAAUGCUGUGAACUCUGGAUAUGAUUGGCCGCAAUCUCCUUGAGGUGGGAGGUACCUAGGAGUAUCUAGUGGAAUCUUCGAGAUGCACUCAAGCUUCCCGGACACUACGGUCACAAAAUAAAAAAAGUGAAGUGAAAGGUAGAAUCCAACAAGGUCUGUCAUAAUUUGUCUGAGUGAUCUUCUCAGGCCCUCAAGAAGAGACAGCUAACAAAAGGUGUGCUUAAGCAUUGUUGACCCUGUUUGUCCAGAAGAGAACUACAGUCCUUGGUAAUCUGUGAAUGAUACAAAAUUAUCUGUUAUUUGGUGGAAGAUAGCAGAUAUUCUGUGAAAUAAUCGAGGUGCAAGCAAGCUAGCUCGACAAACCUCCAUUAUCAAAAAAGAAUGUAUGUAUUGCUCGUUGUAAAUUCGGAAUAUCACACAUUGAUUAAUCGAAGAGAGAUUCAACAACCGAAAAGAAAGAUUGAUUCUUUGGGACCCUCCCUUUCUUCAAACGGAACGAAAAGAGAGAAUCAGGUUGAUUCCUAAAUGCCUUUCUGGAUAUUCCUUAACCAGUUCCUAUGAUUGGAGGACCUUGCCAAGUCUAUAGUCUAUUUCCCUUUCUAUUUUUUAUGAGAAGUUUGUGUUCUAGAGGAGGAGUCCAACAUAUUUUUUCUCUUAUUGAAAGUAUCUUGUAAUUGUUCCUCCUACAAGUAUUUUGUGUUCAACAGGUCUAUUAAGACUUGUUUAGGUGAUAUGUUCUGGUCUUUAUUGUUUUAAAGUGUUUGACAUUCCUGUUGUAGUUAGUAGUUUCAUAAGCAAAAGAGAGUGUAUUUAA